UGAAGGGAUCAGGGCAGUGUUAAUAACUCACGCUUUGGGGAAAGCAUAGCCUAGUCCGGUGUUGGAUAAUUGAUGAGAUGUAGGGUGCGUUGUCCAAGGCGAACCGAACUGAGACUUUGCAGAAACCUCCAUGCAAACUUGGAAGUCUCUCUGCUGUUGUUGUUACUGCUUAAACGUUUGGCACGUGACUGUCACAUAAGUUCCACAAGGAAAAUGGACCCUAAGGUGCGAGAGAGUGAAGGAUUUGGAGAGGACAAUUCAGGAAAGAAAAAAUCGAAGUUCAAAUCUUUCAAAAAGCUUUUUGGUAAAAAGAAAAGGAAAGAGACAUUGUCAUCUACUGGGAGCAUCAGUCUGAAGCUAUUCCAGUCAACAAGUGAUGUGAUGGCCUCACAAGACACGCACGUUGGUUAUGAUUCUGAAGAUGAACUUGAGACCCACAAAGGCAUUAUGGGAAGCAGAGCUUUGUCACAUGAUAGCAUUUUCAUCCCUGAGACUGGGCAAGAGCCUGCAAGGCCAGUAAGAGUAUUUUCUCAGGAGAACGUUUCUGACCGAAUUAGAGCUUUACAGUUGAAACUACAGCACAACAUGAAAUUGGGACCUCCACCUCCAUUUGGACUUCAUGCAAAGCGCUCAGAGGAUGCUGGGACCAGUUCUGAAGAUGACGGAUUACCCAGGAGUCCUCCAGAAAACUCUUUGCUCCAUGAAAUCCUAAAUUCAGGCACAACGAGAUUCUCUGACUCUCACAAGCACCUUAGCUCUUUGAGUUUAGCUGGAACAGGCAGUGAAGAAGAAGAACAGGUCACACUGGUUUCUUCCUCUAGACCUCACUCUACAGCCAACCAGCUGUUGCCUAGGCGUAGAAGUGCUAAAACUGGACGUCCCCAGAUAUCUGACAGCAGCAGCUCGCCUGCAGCCAAUUUUGACACUCCACCUGAGCUCUCCUCUUGCUUAGAUAAUUCUGCUGCUAAACACAAACUUUUAAUAAAACCUCGGAAUCAGAGAUCCAGUAAAAUGAGAAGAUUUUCUCAGAGGGCUCAGUCUGAAUCUCUGACUGAUUUGAGCUGUACACCAGAAGAAGAAGAGGAUGAUGACAAAGAGAUGCAGACAGAUUUGCCAGAUGCUCUAUUGAAAACCAGUGAGCAAGAACUGCCGUGCAGCACAGCUGCAGCGCAGGAUGUGGCUUCCUGGAAGAAGCCCAGAACGCCUGAGGACCUUCCCCCUGGUUUGACACCAGUGAUGACUCAGCCCGCUUCUGAAUCUACUGUUGUACAGGAAGCCCUGUUACCAGAGAAUAAACCAGAGGGCUGCCAACCAUCGCAGGAAACAGUAUGCACAAAGCCUGAGUCCUCGCUGCUGCUGGAAGGUAAAGACUACGCAACUUCUCCCUACUCCAGUCUAGACAGAGAAAUACAAAAGCAAAAAGAUUCCUCAGAAACACUGACAUUGUUGUCUGAGGAUGAGAGUGAUGUGUCAGUCAGUACCUUAAAUCAAGAACAGAAGGAGCUUCCUACUGUGUCUUCAGUAUGUAAAAUACCAUUUGAAGAAGAUAUUUCACUUAAUAAGCAUAGUCUUGUUUGUUUGGACGGUUCAGAAGAAAAUAUACAGAAGGAUGAUCAGAUACUUGUGCAAAUGUCCUGCAAUAAAGAGGCAAAGAAAGAGGUUGCUGUAUUGUCAGAGUCUAUCCAGCAGUUUCCCGUAGGUUCUUUCCAGCCCGUGGAGUCAUUCGUUGUCCCUUCCCAUGUUCCACAUCUUGCUUCUUCAACACGGAUGGGAUCCUCUACUUCCUGGGCUCUAGAGAAAACAAAGACUACCCAAGAGGCAGCUGCUUCUGAUAAGGAGAACUGUCGGUCGCUGGCCCACAAGGAGGAAAUUUUGGGGAAGAAAGCAGAAAAAGCAGCCAAUGAACUCAAUGCCUUGAGAAAAUUUUCUGUGUCCUCUGCACGAGAAAGGCCAAGGACCAGAAGCCUACACUUUCCAGAAAGCUCAGAGUGUGAAAGUGCAUUAAAUACCCGAUUCUUCCUAUCCAAAGCAAAAGUCUCCUUGAGAAAUGAGAGGUGGAACGAAGAUUUGCAGACAGGAUCAGGUCUGGAGCACAGAAAAAGUAGCAACAAAAAACAGACUUUGCUGCCAGAGUCCAGCUGUGAGAUCCCAGGCCAAUCUACAGAAAUGUUGGCUGGCUGCAUUUCUCAGGCUAUUGAUGCAGUUCCUGUCCCAAGUGAUUCGUCUGUGGUAUCUCAGAGUCAGCCAGGCUGUGAAAAUAAAAGUCCUUUUCAAGUAAAACUUAGAUCCACCUCACUGUCCUUGAAAUAUGGAGACAAUUCUUCACAAGAAUCAAAAGGGAUUAAAAGAUACAGUGCAGAGUUUAAUUUAGAAAAUGAAGGAUUGACUUCAUUUCUAAAAGGUGAAAAGGCGCAGACCAAAAAGACAGCUGAUACAAAUAUUGGUGGUACUUUAAAUGAUAACAUCAAAUCCAAAGCAAAGUCCUCUGAACAGCUUAAUGGCAAACCUCCGUUGCCCAAGAAACCUAUCUUGCCAAACGUAGCUGUUCCAAAUACCAAUGCAAACAGGGAGAAACAGGACAAAGUUAUUCAGUCUCCUGAAUCCAGAAAUGAAGAUAGAGACUUGGAGAAAAAGUCAAGUCCUUGUAAAGUGCCUGAGCGAAGCAUGCCUUCCCCAGUGAUUACUGGAGACUCUGGAAGAGAACCUGACAGUCCCGCAGAGCCAGCCUGGAUUACCAUUGCAAGACAAAAGCAGAGAGGCAUACAACAGGAGCAGGAACUUAACAGAGAAAAACUUGUGACUCCAGAUGUUAAGUCAGAUACAGAAAAACAGAAUAAAGAAAAGGAAAGAACAGAGGGAUCGGUGAAGCAGCACUGGAGCAAACUUUCACACAUGGCACCUAAAACCUCUUCUGAAGAACAGAGCAAGGAGACGAAGUCUGAAAUGAAAGAGCCGCUGCCGAGAACCAACUCACUGUCUCAUUCUGUCCUUGUAGCUCAGUCGCCGGCAUUGGUGGAUAAAGAGGAAAUCAGCCACUUUAAGAAAGCCAGUAAUGCUGCUGCUGAUCAGCCAUCAUGGAUGGAACUCGCCAAAAAGAAAUCGCAAGCUUGGAGUGACAUGCCACAGAUUAUAAAAUAGCCUGGCACAGACAAAUAGCAUCUUCUGUAAUUACAUCGGCUACUCAAUUUGAACUUCUACAGACCAGAUAAUCACAAGGAAGAAUCUCUGAUACAGGAGAAGGGUUUUAUUACACAGCUGUGGAGAAAGCGUGCAAUAGGUGCAGUCAAAAAGUUUACCUUAAACUUUGUAGCAAUCAGUCAGGAUUGCAUUGGCAGUGCAUUACUUAAAUUAUGCUAAGGACAUACUUGCACAUUGCAAAAUAAAAAUUCUGCCUUCUGUUA